AUGUCCAACUCUUCAUCUUCGUCUGAUCCUUCCAUUGUUGCUUCUGUCUCAUUGAGUGGAACGGGUCAAACCAUUGAAUUGAUCAAUGGAAAUUUAGUGGAGGCUGAAAAUAUUGAUGUUAUUGUUUUUUCUGAAGUGUCUAGUAGUGUUGAAUUGUCGGGAACUGAAGUUUUAGCUUUGGGAGGAGAAGAAAUUGAAAAACAAGUCAAGUCGUUUAUUUCAUCGAAUGGUCCUUUGGAUUCUGCUGAUAAAAUUGCUCUUGUUGAUGGUGGAAAUUUGAAGGUUAAACAUGUAAUAUUUGCUGCUGGACCAAUGUGGAAAGGUGGAAAAAAGAAUGAACGUCAAAUCAUGGAAGAAAUUGUAAAUACAUGUCUUGAGGAAUCUAAUAAGAAACAAUUUAAUAGUAUUGGUUUUGAUGCUAUGUGUACAGACCUUUUCGGAUUCCCAACUGAAAGAAGUGCAGAAGCUAUUGUUAAUGCAGUUUUCAACUGGUGUCACUUUAGAUCCUUCUCCUAUUGUAAUACUAUCAAAAUUUUCAUUCAUGAGGCUGAAAAGAUGAAAGUUUUUGCUCAAUGUUUAGAUUUGGCCUAUCAAGCAUAUUCCAAUGUUGGAAAAUCUGCUCCUCCUGAAACAACAAGUGAUGAUUCCUCAAUUAAAAAGAGAAAGAAUGAAGAUGAGGCAGUAACAUUGCCUAAUCAAAUAGAAACAAAUGAAAAUAGUGGAGAUGAAGAUGAUUCUGAUGAGGAUGCAAAUGAUUCAUUCUCUCGUGAUUCUAAACGAGUGAAGGGUGUCAAAAAGUUCUCUAGAAAUGCUGCAUGGAAGAGAGGACGUCACGAAAAUACCAUCCUGGCAAAGUCACAGAAAUCUCACAUUCACGACAAGUCCACAAACAUGUCUUUGGUUGGUGACACAAUGUCAAUCUCAACAAGUAUUGCCAUGGACGAUUUCACUAACAUGAACGACGAUGCAAAUGCUGAAGAUGAUGCCACCAAUUUCGAUAUGACUUUCCUCUAA